AUGUCUGAAAGUAGCAGCACCUCUUCAACAAAAGAUGCACUCAUGCAGUCGCAUCGGAAUUGUAUCUCGUUUAUUAAAAAACAAUUAGAAGACCCACUGAUAGCAUACAUGUUGGGAGAAAUUGAACGCAUUGGCUGCCCACUUCCCAACCCAUUUUUCAGAUGUGAAAGAUGUUUACAUACUUCAACUGACAAACCUAAAUUCACUGCUGCCUAUAUUCUUGGAUCGUUUGAUAAUAAUAAUAAUUCAUUGGAUAAAAAUCAACAGAACGAUGACGACAAUGAUAUCAUUUCGACGGAAUAUUAUUUUGGCAAACCAGGAGUGUUAUUAUGUGAAGAUGUCAUGGAUAGAUAUUCCAAAGCAGAUGACAAAACUGUAGUUCUUCAUGAAUUAAUACACGCCUUUGAUGAUUGUCGAGCGAUGGUUAAUUGGAAAAGUUGUGAGCAAAUGGCAUGUGCUGAAAUUAGAGCUUCUUCACUGAGUGGCGAAUGUGGUUUUAUGUAUGAAACAAAACGAGGUAAUAUGGGCCUGAGAGGACAAUUUAUGAAUUGUGUCAAGAGAAGAGCUACCCUCUCUCUCAAUCAUAGCUCAGUGUGUCAGGGGGAGAACAAUGCAAAAACCGUGGAGCAAAUGUUUCAAAAAUGUUUCAACGACACUGAACCUUUCAUUAAGAGAAUUUAA